CAUUAUAUUUAGUAUAUUAAAAAAAUAAGUAAGAAAAUUUAGUCAGCAAAGGUUAAUUAGGGAUUUAAUUCGUUCAUUAGAUACCGAUAUUUCGUUAUUGGAGCAAAAAGAAAGAUUAGGGCCAAACACUUGUCAACGACAAUUCUCGCCAAAGUGAUCUUCGGUUAUUAUAAUUUCCUUUAAUUUUGCUCUGUUCCAUUUGGAGGCUAAACUCACAUUCCCCUCCCGAAAGAGGGGGAAAAGAAAAAAAAAACUCAUGAAAUUCUUCUGAAGGGGUAUUUACAUUUUCUGAUUUCUUUGCUCAAGGGUAAAGGUAAGUUCCUUCUUUUCUAAGCUAUGAUUUUUUUGUGUUCUUCGUAAUCCUUAUUUUCGUAUGUAUUUCGAUCAUGUCUCUUCUUCGAAUCGAAACGGAUUUUGAAGCACUCGAUAAUUUGAACCGAAAAAUUAUGUUGCAACAUGCAACAUCUCGCGUCCUCAUCAUGGAACGGACGAAAAACAGAAUAAUGGGUUCUUUCGGUUCAGGGUUUAUAGUUGGAAACUUCCUUCACGGAGGAAGAUAAUAGGCAAGCUUUGCGUUUAGAAAAGAUUAAAAAAAAACAUGUAUGACUAUUAUCUGGCUGGUAGAGGUCAUAUUUUUCUUUUGAGACUUGUUUUUUUCCUCCUUAAUCGUAUAUCUGAAACAAGAUAUUAUAUAUUUUGCAGUUGUUUUUUUUCAUUUUCGAUGGUUAUAAAUGAAGAAUAAUGUUGGAUUUGCAUCUAGUUAUUGAAAAGAGAUCGUGUGGGCGAAUUUUUUUUUAUUUUAUCUAUUGCUUAUUUGUUUUUAUGCAUGAAAAAAAUAAAAGAAAUCAAAGAAGGUGUAAACUAGGAGAAGAAAAUGAUGAGGGGGCUGCUUUUUGUUCUACUGCUGAUCCAUGCAAGUUCAGCUGCCAAGGAUGAGAAUGUGGCCCCAUGGCUAACCCUAAACGGAAAGGCGCCGACGGUGGUCGGCCGAGAAGGUUUCUCAGGGCAGUUUCCCGAAGACACGGACCUGGCGCUCGCGCCAAUUUCAUACGACGGUAUGCUUAUGCUUUGCAGCGUACAGCUAACGAUGGACGGCGAAGCAAUUUGCCAGCCAAAUGUGGAUAUCAGCAAAUCCACCAACGUACAAGAAAUCCACCCAAACAAAACCAAAACUUACAACGUCAACGGCAAGAACGUCACCGGUUACUUCACCAUUGACUACACCAUUGUUGAGCUCGUAGAGAAGAUAACCGGGGUUCAGAGCACCUGGACUCGGUCGGAUGGAUUCGACGGCUAUAGUAUCGCGCCGUUUAAGCGCGGCAACGAGGGCGAGUUCAUGGUGUCGAAUCUGUGGAUCAAUGUUCCGUAUGCUCAAUUCUACUCGGAAAACAAGAUGAACAUGGAGGAUUACAUUCGCCAAGUCCCUCUGACCGAAAACCACUGCCUCUCCUCGCCGGAGAUCGGUUUCCUGAAAGCAAUCAGCGGCAGAAAGGUCAAGAACCUGAAGCUCUACUUCGCCUUUCACGACAAGGACGAAGUGGAACCCACGACCCAGAAGACGUACGGCUCGAUAGCGUCGGACCUGGCCGCGCUGAAGCCCAUGGUGGCCGGGAUCGUCGUCCCAAAGGAGUACAUAUGGCCUGUUGAUGACUCCAACUACUUGGUCGCAAAGCCGACGACUCUCGUCACCGACGCUCAUAAGCUCGGCCUGGAAGUUUACGUUUCUGGGUUUGCAAACGACAAUGUGCUCCCCUACAACUACAGCUACGAACCAACCGCAGAGUACCUUAACUUCAUCAGCAACGGAAAGUUCUCCGUCGAUGGAUUGAUCACCGAUUUCCCACCCACCGCGACGGAUGCCAUAAUGUGUUUUGCGCCGUUCAACGAUAACCGGACGAAAGGAGGACAACCUCUGAUCAUAACACGCGGGGGAGCCAGCGGAAUCUACGCGGAUAGCACCGACCUCGCGUACCAACAAGCCGUGGACGAUGAGGCUGAUGUGAUCGACUGCAGCGUUCAAAUGUCGCAAGAUGGAGUUGCUUUCUGUAUGCUUACUCCAGACCUCUCUACGAGUACCAACGCAGCAGCCAUCUUCAUGGAUCGUAGUAGUGAUGUCAAAGAAAUCCAGAUUGAUUCAGGAAUCUUCUCUUUCGACUUGACGUGGGAAGAGAUUCAGACGUUACAACCUCAAUUGACCAGCCCUUUCGAGAAAUUCAUCGGCCUGUACAGAAACCCUGCGUUCAAGAACAAGGGGAAGUUUGUAACCCUUGCUCAGUUCCUGGAGUUUGCCAGAUCGAAAGCGGUUACCGGCAUUAUGAUCAACUUAGAUAACGUGCCAUACCUUGCAUCAAAAGGUCUCGACAUCAUCACCACUGUCACCACAGCCUUAGCCAAGAACCAGUACGACAAGAAGGCGAGUCCACAGGUCCUGGUGCAAUCCGACGACACGUCCGUGCUAGACAAAUUCAAGAACGUCCCGUCCUACAAGAGGAUACUCAACAUCAAGGAAGAUAUCAGCAGCGUACCCAAGGCUGCUGCAGAGGAGAUCAAGAAGCACGCCGACGGAGUCACCUUGACGAGGUACUCGAUCAUUGCCACCGACAUGCUAGGCUUCACAACGGGGAAAAGAAAGACCGUGGAGACCCUCCAAGGCCUGAACCUGACGGUCUACGUCUCCAGCCUGGCCAACGAGUACGUCUCGCUGGCAUUCGAUUACUACGCAGACCCGGUGAUAGAGAUUGCCACAUACACACACACGAUCGGUGUCAACGGGUUCAUCACCGAGUUCCCCAAGACCGCCAGCAGAUACCAGAGAAGCGCUUGCUCCGACGUCAACGAUUUGAAGCGCAACUACACCAUCCUCCCAAUCGAGCCAGGAGCUCUGGUGAACUUUACUAGUCGUCCACCACCAAAAGCAGCAGAUCCUCCAACACCAGCUCUCACCUUACAAGAAGUCGUCGACCCACCAUUGCCCAAAGUAGCCAAACCACAAUCCCCUCCGAAGCCAACUCAAGAAGCACCUGCUCCAUCUUCUUCUGCACCUGCCGGACUCCACUCAACAGCUGCAGCUGUCGCCGCCGCCGUCGCAGUGGCGCUGCUCAGCUUACUACUCACUGCGGGAUACAAUUAGGGGGCCCUUAAACCAACCAAAAUAUCAUGUUUUCCCCCCUUACAACCCCUCCUCCCCUGUAACGAGAAUUUGCAGCAAUAAUCAAACAUUUCUAAAUCAUAAUUUGGAAAGAACUCAUUUCAGUACGAACAUGAGGGUUUCUCCAAUUGCUUUCCCUUGCAUUUGGGUUUUUCACAAUUGUGCAAAAUUGAAGGGAAAAAAGGCAUAGGCGGAGGCUCGGAUUCGCCUUCAAUCAGACAGAAACAAAGUGAGUGGGACGGAGAAGCGGGGAAAUCAAACCAGCUGCCGUGGCUGCAACAGAAAGGAGGAGCGAGCAGUGAAAAUCCCCUAGGGAUUUGAUUUCACAGACGCUUCACGAUCGGAAAAUGUUGCCGAGGCAGGUAACUGAUUCAUCCGGCGCUUCUCCUCUCGGAAAUAAGUCUGCCUCGGUGAAACCACCGCGAAAUUUCGUCACAGCCUCCAUUGAAGAGAGAGAGAGAGAGAGAGAGAGAGAGAGAGAGAGAGAGAGAGAGAGGCGGAGAGAGACCGAAGGGAUGAGCAAGUUCGGGAUCUUCAAGUAAUCAUAACUGAAAACAAGUGAGAGGGAGAGGGAAUGAUAUAUCUUUCUGUGUGUUUGUGCUGCGACGGGGAGCAGGGACGGCGCGGCGGAUUCUAUAACCGGCGGCGAGUAGUCACCGGCUUUGAGAAACUUUCUACUAGACAGAGAAAGCGAUAGGAGCAGAAUUGGGGAAGAUGCUCGUUGUGAGCUAUUUCCAUUUCACAGCAGCAAAUAUAUAGGGGAUUACUUACAGUUUCACUAGCCGUUAAAAGAGAAAAACUAACUAACCAAUAGAAGCUGUACAAGUGUCCUAUAAAACAGUAAAUACUAA